AUUCUCAAAUAUCAGUUUAUGCACAGCAAAUAUGUCCAGCCGGAAACAGCUUGAAGUUCGAUCAGAAGAUCUGAACCCCAAGAAAUGGGGCGUCUCACUAACAGAAGACAAGUUCGAGUCUUUUAUCUCCAAGCAUAGCCCCACCACACCCACACUGCUCAAGGUUUUUGGUGAUGGGUCAUUCUUCAGUCCAUUGCUGUUCGGAAGGUUCUUUGAUCCAUCCGAUGCCUUUCCUCUGUGGGAGUUUGAAUCAGAAAUUCUGCUCUCGGCACUCCAGAGCUCUGGCAAGACCACUGUCGAUUGGUCUGAAACGGUAACAGAGUAUGUACUAAUAGCAGAACUGCCAGGGGUUGGCAAAUACAACAAUCAAGUAUGUGUGGAGAAUGGGAAGAUUUUGGAGAUCAGUGGGCAAUGGAAGCAGCAACGAGAAUCCAAUACGAGGGACUGGAAAGAUGGCCACUGGUGGGAGUACGGGUAUGUUCGGCGGCUUGAGCUCCCAGAAGACGCAGAUUGGAGGAAAAUGGAGGCCAAUGUCAAUGAUGACAUACACUUAGAGAUAAGAAUUCCAAAGAUUCCUUCAAAGUCUGAUAUUCCUCAAGGAAAAGAUAUAGGGUCAGGAGAUUCGAGUUCACAUGAGUAACUUUUAACUUCAGUGAUGGUGUACGAACGUAUAUGUAAUUCAAUAUAGUGGAACUAUGUUUUAAUAACAAUGCAUAUAUUUAAAG